CGUCAUGAAAUGCUGCACGGCGUCUACGAGGAACUCUGCUAGGAGAAUGGGCGUCGCGUACGCGGUGGUCAUGCUCGUGGUCCUGGCUGUGCAGACGGGGUUCAUGUGCAAUGCGGCGAUGGAGUGCGAGGCGAAUAGACGCCAGUACAUUUGGAUGUCCUGGGGCUUCAGCUGUUUCCUGAGCGCGGCACACGUAGGGUUCAUCGUCACCUGGAUCGUCGCUGCCGGCACGGACAACGUGGGGUGGAUGACUAUAUGCGUCACGGGCGUUGCGGUGCGUCUCGUGGGUGUCGUCGUCUACUUCACGCUUAAGGUCACCGUAGACGCCAAUACGAAGCAGACCAUUGCCGAAAUUUACGCCAAGCACUUUCUGCAUAGUGAAGAGCGCAUUUCGGCUUCUGAUCAACUAUCGCCAUAUCCAUUUGCAGUACUAAUGGCACUAGAGUGUUGGUUCCUAAGUGAAAUGAACAAGUACGUGGAUAUCUGUACGGCGGCGGUUACCACCAGGGAGGAGAAGGCUGAAGCCGAGAGAAAGAGCCUCUCUGACUCAUCCGCCCCUGUGACUGCCGCCAAGACCAGCAGGAGCAAGCUCGACAACUGAGCGCCCUCACACGUCAUGGCCGGUGCAGUUCUCACUGCUCUUUCCGAAGGUUUCGAUCCUUACUAUAUAUAGCUCUGCUGGCAUGAAAAUGGUUACAGCGCGUAGCCGAAUGGCGAUAAAAUAAAGCUCGAAUCUUUCAAACUUGGA